AUCACUAUGUUACCACAAGUGACGGUCGUGUCUAUGAAUAUGAAAAGCUAUUGAUCUCUACUGGAGGGAGUCCAAGAUUAAUAGAUGACAGUAAUCCACACGUGAUUGGAAUCAGAGACACACACAGUGUGCAGUACUUCAAGACUAGAUUAGCUGAUGCAAGGAGAGUAGCUGUUAUUGGAAAUGGAGGAAUAGCAAUGGAAUUAGUGUUUGAGUUAACUGGUCAUGAAGUACUUUGGGCAAUAAAACAUGAUUCUAUUGGAAACCAUUACUUUGACAAAGGAGCUGCAAGUUUUCUGUUGUCUCACUUGGAAUCAACCAACACACCCCGCCCAAAGGAACCAGUAAUAAAAAGAAUGAAAUAUGGUCGAAUAGUAGGAAAAGAAUUAUCACCUGCUUCCUUGGAAGAUAAAUCAUUAUCUGAAGGUGGAGUCAUUGGAGGAGCACUGGGUCCAGACUGGAGCCAAGGCCUCUCUCUCCAUUCUGAUUCAACAGAAGAUUCCUAUAGGAAUAUUCACAUAGAAUACAAAUGCGAGGUUGAAAAGAUUCUAACACCACAAAAUUUGCUGGACCAAAAUUUUGAAGAAACUCCCUUCCCAAGAAAUAAGUGUCUGUAUGAAGAAUCUACACAAUGGCCUGUGUAUGUAAAACUAACUAAUGGCAAAAUCUAUGGCUGUGACGUCGUCGUAUCAGCAACUGGUGUCACAACCAAUACUGCUCCUUUCAUAUCUAAUGCCCCGUUUGAUAUAGCCACUGAUGGUGGUAUCAAAGUAGAUGAUAACAUGAGAUCUAGUAUCCCAGAUGUUUACGCUGCAGGUGAUGUCUGCACUACAUCUUGGGAACCUUCUAAACUCUGGUUCCAAAUGCGGCUUUGGACUCAAGCUCGACCAAUGGGAGCCUUUGCUGCUCAUUGCAUGAGUGAUAACUUAAAAGGUCAACAGGUACCUCUAGAUUUCUGUUUCGAACUCUUUACUCACGUGACGAAGUUUUUUGGUUUCAAAGUGGUGUUACUUGGGAAAUACAAUGCACAGGGACUUGGAAAUGAUUACCAAUUGCUUUUUCGGUGCACUAAAGGAGUGGAAUUUGUGAAGGUAGUGAUGCAGAAUGGAAGGAUGGUUGGUGCUGUUUUGAUUGGGGAAACCGGUCUGGAAGAAACGUUUGAAAAUUUGAUCCUAAACGAAAUAGACCUUAGUGGUUUUGAGGAUAGUUUACUGGAUUCUAGGGUGGAUAUUGAGGAUUUUUUUGACUGACCAUCAAUUAAUUAUAAAAGUUUGCAGUGUUGAUAAUAAUAUACAACAAUGUUAUUUGAAUCUCAGGCCACCAAAGUCUUUACUAAAUCUCUCUACCUUGGUUGCAAUGUUACAAUGUUUUCCCAUCUUAUAUCAUGUCUCAUUCUCUUGAGAAUAAGAUUCUUUGUCAGAUUUGUAUCCAUUAUCAGGUGUCUUCUCUCACAUCUCUCCUAUUCUCAUACACAACUGUUAAUAAAGAAAGUAAUGAUUGUCCAUGAAAUGGUAUGGUAUUCGAAAAGAUUAUACCCAAAGUAAAAUGGUCUACAAAGCUUUUCGCUGUCGUAUCACAGCGUGGGACAAUCACAACAGAGCUAGGCUUCAAACUAGGUGAAAGCCCAAAGAUCGAAUU